AACUUCCCGAACAUAUAUAAGAAAUAUCUCUGAAUUCGGUGGUAUUCAUCAUGUUGACGUCGGGACCCGCAAGGAUGCUUUCGUCCAUCGGGAUCAUUUUAUUCUGCAGUGCCAUUUGCGCUUAUGGCCGGCCCCGGGGCCGCAUCUUGGGGGGACGGGAUGCCACCCCGCACACCAUGCCCUACAUGGCCUCCUUGCAAGAAGGUGGCAAGCACAUCUGCGGAGGGUUCCUCAUUGCCCAGGAAUGGGUGCUGAGCGCCGCCCACUGCUUGGAAGACACAAACAACGGGACCUUCCAGGUGCUUUUAGGGGCCCAUUCGCUCACAGCCCCCGAACCCAACAAACGGCUGUACAGUGUCCGCCGCCUGGUCGCCCACCCCGGGAGCAGCGUGGAAACCAACGAGGAUGACCUCCUUCUAAUUCAGCUGGCCGAGCCAGCCGUCCUGGGCCCCGAUGUGAAGACCUUGGCGCUCCAAAACGAGGACCAGGAGCUGCCGGCUGGGACCUUUUGCCUAGCGGCUGGAUGGGGCUACACCAAGAACACCCGCCAGCGGCCAGACGUGCUGCAGUCGGCUGAAUUGCCCAUUAUGAGCCGGUCUGAGUGCAACGAGCGGCGCUUCCACGACGGGGAGAUCACCCAGAACAUGAUGUGCACCGAGAUCAAGAGCGUGCGCAGGGAUACCUGCAAGGGCGACUCGGGAGGGCCCCUCGUGUGCCACGGCGUGGCCGAAGGCGUUGUGACAGCCGGAUCCCGCGUUUGCGGCAACUGGAGGAAGCCGGGCAUUUACACGCGCAUCGCCCCGUACUUGCCCUGGAUCAAUAGCACCAUGGCAUCUCCCAACUAAGCCAUCCUUAUUGCAGAGUCUCAUGAGGCAACUUUUUUAUUGCUAUCCAAACACAGCAGACUUCCAGUUCGCCUGCAGCCAUAGCUGAUGCUGCAUCAAUGUCGUUUCUGGUUCCAGUAUUGAAAUAAGCAGGCUUAACUCAUACAUACCAUACCCCAUACUAUACCACACACUUUGUAUUGGCUUGAUAUUCAUAUCAAAAUAGUCAUUAAAAGCAUGAUUCUGCAGUGAA